GCAGAGCAAAAUUGGAAGAUGGAGAUCUUCACCAAUCACCAGGGCUGAUCACUACAACUUUUAUUUGUCUCCUGCAUCAAAGUAUUCAAGGAGAGCACGUCAUACAAGGAUUGUAGAACAACAGAGCGACCUGGAGGAUUCCAUUACAUGUGUAGCUCUUUUCUUUGCAGGACCAGAGAUGUAACUGAAGGAAGCUGCAAGUCAUGUAGAGCAUACAAAACAAUUCUGCUCACGAGGACAUCGCAACAGACUUACGAGCAGAGAUAAACAAGUUAAAAGAAGUGGAGGCAGCAAAAGCUACUGAAGCAGCACAAAAGCUUCAGCAGAACAUACAGGAGCUGCAAGUGGCAGCCAGAGAGAAGGAUGAUGAGAUUGGCAGAUUGAGAGCAGAAGCAGUUGAUGCAGAAAACAAGGUGACUAGUCCAAAGAGUCGUCAAAAGUGCAGGAGCAAUACCAGUGAGUUGCAGCUUGAACAGUGCAUGAUCCAGCAUUUGGUGGUACUGAUCUUCUCAAGAUCUAGUCAAUUAUCUUGGCUAUUUUUCUGCUUAAUAUUUUUGUAGUGCCAUCUUUUCUGGAAAUCGAGGUGAUCUAAGUGUACAUGUUCCUUAUAAGAUAUUAUACGGUUUCUUGCUCUGUUUUCCAUCCAAGUGGAUCCAACGAUGCUGACACACACUGAUCAAUUAACCUUGUACAUGGAAAUUUUGGUCCCGUUCUCUUGUAGAGUCCACCAGUUGCAUUGCGGGUGAUCUAGAUUGUAUUUGUUAGCUAGUAUUUCUGUUUGUAUAUUUGCCAUCCAUUGAUUAAUUUGGAGGGGUGAUGUAUCAUGUACAUGGUUGAUCUCAUAGGUUUUACCAGAUCUUAGUACUGGUUAGAUGGGGAGUAUCGAUUUCAAACUUGUCCAUGUUCGAUUCGUAUCUGAAAGAAGAAAAAUAACUAAUCUGUAGGAUUCUCGAGUAAUAGUCCCACCAUCCCCAUUUACACGGCGUCCUCACGUUUCGUGAUUUAACUGUGACCAUUAAUUUCAUCAAUAAUACUACCUCUGUACCAAAAUAUAAGACUUUAUAGGUUAAACUAGCCUACAAAAACGUCUUAUAUUUUGAUAUGGAGGGAGUAUGUGUCAUAAUAAUCAUACCAUUGAAAACUUUUUCUGGAUACAGUUUUGGUGAUUCACAUUUUGUGACAGAUAACUAAUGUUUAGUUGGUUAAAUUGAUGGUCAAACUUGUAAUUUGAAACGCGUGUGCCACGUAAAUUGGGAUGAAGAGUAUGACUUUAUCACGAUACCUUUAAACUUCGUGCUACAUAUUUGAUUUUCUCAAGAAAUUGUUUUACAUCUAUGAAAGACUGACUGUUAUCACCAUGGAACCUUUUGAUUUAUUGCAGCUAACACGUAGGUUUUUGUAUUUGGUUCUAUCUGUUGGAACUGUUAAUGCUCUUUUCAUUUGAUCGCAGCAUUAUCGCGUAGGUCUUCGGCUCAUUUUCAUAAGCAAUCGCAGAUGUCGAAGAAGCUCGACACCUUAAGAAUGAACACCCUGCCGUUAUGUUCAAGGUUUUUGAGUCGCGACUUGGCGAGUCGCCGCGAGCCCUGCGGCUCAGCGUAUAGUCGACGAAAGUCGCUGUAUAGUCGCCAUAAGUCGCUGUAUAGUCGCGAGUCGCCCUGAUUUUUGGAAAACGACUUGGCGAUUAGUCGGCGACUAUACAGCGACUAAUCAGCGACUCAAAAACCAUGGUUAUGUUCCUUACAGACAAGAUGAGCCAUUACAAGCAAAGCGACGAGAAAGCAUUCCUGCGUUGGUUCUCCAUCACAGACAGUAUGAAGUGAUACUCUAUUCGAGGACUGUUUUAUGCCUGCAGACGCAGCAAGAAAUGGCGUGCAUGGAAUUGGCAGUUUCUGAGAAAUUGCACAUCCAUUAGACCAUGGUAUUCACUACAUAUUUAAUUCAUGGCCACAAUUUGUUAAUAUUAUGCAGUAAUUGUUUUAUAUAGGCCUCCCACUCCCAUAGGGGGAGCUGAAUUCAACAAACCACAAGCUAGCCUGUCCUUAAUUAUCAGGUUCAACAAACCACUUGACUUUUGUCUGGUAAAACAACUUGUGAUUCGUAAACAGGAACGACUGCGAUGUUCUUUAAAACUUAAUGAUUGGGAUGUAAUUGCUAAAAUAACUGGCAAGUGGUAAUCCUAGACAAUUUUACUGUGUUGUCGAACGAGUCAAGUCGUUGUGUACAUGUGCAAAUGAUAAACUAACUUGGUUUCCGUCCAUGAAUAGUUGAAGUGUACAUUGACUUCCAGCUGCCUUAAGUACUUGCCAUCUCGACACAGCAUUACUAUGAAGCUAUCUUCAUCUUUCGACUACCCGGUGCUAUUGUACAAGGCACAGAUGGACAAACGCCUCCUGAAAGCAGCGACUGAUGGUGAUUCCACGUCCAUGAAGCACUAUGCUUGUCAUAAUCCAGGCAUUCUUCUCGGAAGGACUUUGCGGAUGAACACCUGCCUUCACAUAUCCUCCAUCCAUGGUCACCAGAGAUUCUCCGAGGAUGUGGUGGCACUGGAGGAGUCUCUCCUCACCACUGUAAACUUAGAUUGGGAGACGCCACUUCUCGCGGCGGUGAGAAAUGGUCACGUCUCUUUGGCUUCUUUUUUACUUGGAAGCUGCCAUCACCUAGGAAUGGGGCAAGCAAUCUUAAAGCAAGACAAAUAUGGAUUUAACGCACUGCACCAUGCCAUUCGCAACGGUCAUGAGGAGCUUGCGCUGGAGUUGAUUACAGCAGAGCCUUCUCUGUCGCGAGCUGUGAGCGAAUGCAACGAGUCACCCAUGUUCUUCGCCUUGACAAGGAAUUUUACGCGUGUGUAUGAGCAACUAGUUCAAGAUCCUCUUUCUUCUUAUACGGGAGGACUACACGGUCGCAAUUGCCUACAUGCUGCAGUCAGAAAUGGGAAUCCAGAAAUGGCUAAACAGAUUCUGGAAAAGUAUCAUGGACUAAUGAUCACUGAAGACAUUAAUAAAGUUACUCCAACAAGACAUGCUGUACUUUUUGACAAGAUUGACAUGUUACGAGUAAUACUGUUACAUGAUCCAACCAAAGGAUACGAAAUAAACAGCAUGGGUGAUCCUCUCCUUGCUGCUGCCGCAUAUCGAGGUCGAAGUAAUGCUGCUCGAGAGCUUCUGAAACACUGUCCUGAUGCUCCUUAUCGCCAAGAAAAUGGUGGGACAUUGCUUCAUAGAGCUGUAUGGGAUAACCAAAUAAAGUUCGUUAAAUUUGUCCUGACGACACCGCUACUUCGCAAACUCAUCAACAUGCAGGGCAAGACUGGAAAAACCGCUCUACAUUAUGCAGUCCGGAAGUGUGAUCCGGAACUAGUUAGUAUUUUACUAUCUCACGAGGAUAUAGAUGCGACAGUGCUUGACAACAUUGGUGUUUCAGCGGCUUGGGAACUGAAGUACGUCAUGGAGAAUGCCAAGACUUUAAACUGGAAUGAAGUCUUGAUGCUUAUGCUAAAAGCAGAUGCCCAAAAUGCCACAUCUCUCUAUAAUCUUCACGGGAAAGCCAAGCAACAAGCAAUCGAUGCUGGAAGGAAGGAUGCGAAGUCACUAACAAAGACAUACACAACCAACAUUUCAUUAGUGGCCAUUCUCAUUACGACAAUCACCUUUGCUGCUGCUUUCACCCUGCCUGGAGGAUACAGCAGUGUUGAUGGAAGCGAGGGACUUCCGAUCAUGUCUCAGAAGAUUGCAUUUCAAGCAUUCUUGAUCUCUGACACCUUAGCAAUGUGCUCCUCAUUUGCCGUUGCCUUCAUAUGUGUCAUAGCAAGGUGGGAGGAUUACGAGUUCUUGAUUUAUUACACAUCUUUCACUAAGAAGCUCAUGUGGUUUGCAUAUGUGGCAACUACGACGGCUUUUUCAACUGGUUUAUACACGGUUUUAGCCUUGCGUCUCCAUUGGUUGGCCACUGCAAUUUCUGUUCUGGUAGCUUUACUGCCCAUUCUAACUAAACUUCUUGGCGAAUGGCCUGUUUUGAAGCUCAGAUUCCGAUUGGGAAAAACUUUCAACUCCGAUCUCUUAGACAUGGUGUGAUCUCAACAAUUUGUCUGAUUGUUCCGAUUUCAGACAAUAAUUUGUAAUUUAUAGGUAAUCAACAUUUUUUGGCUACUCAUUUUGUGUUGUCGACUCGUGGCGAGAAAAUAGUUAAGUAUUAUUCUUGUAUACCUUUGAAAUUUCGGACAAAAUAUUAAUUGUGAUGUUAUUCUUAUAUUCCACUCAA